CUUUUGUUGGUGCCUUUUUUGCAAUCGAAAGAGUCCAAGCUGUGUUUUGUGUUUUUGCUAGCCGCGGUGUGCGGACUUUUCUCGAUAGGGGCGUCCGGAAACAAAUUGCCGUAGUUGAGUUGUGAAUCUCGCAGAAUCUCAUUCUAAACAGGGCCCUACCGAUGGUUAUCUUACGCUGUGUAAAGUGAGGGAGUACACCGCAACAUGCAAAGCAUACGGCAAAUGCAUGGGCAACAACAUUGCUAGUCACAUCGCGAUUCGGCUUAUCACUUUCCAGCUUCCUGUGUGCAUGGACCAUUGCUGGCUUGUAGGAUUCUUCCGAAAGAUGCACGCAACUAACUGAGUUGUUCAGUGCUGCUAGCCGGAGUGCUGGCUAACAUCCAUACUAUCACGAUUACUGUCGGACGGAAACAAAUUUGCCGGAAGUCUACGAGCAAAUAGUGAAAUAAACGGGUAAAAUAGCGACAAAUCGGUGGUGUUUGCAAAUGAUAAUGACCAGUAGGCCGAGCGAGCUCAUUUAGAUUUUCAUCAACCAAUACACAUGCGAACAAUACGCUAUCGGAUCGCCGACCGACCUUCGUUGUUGUGCUUUAAUGUUGUGCUAAAUAUCGGAGCCGUAUGACCGUUCUAUAAAAGCAUCAAAAACGAAUCAUCACAGUGUAACAGCUGUGCUGAAUAGUUAUAUCCAAAGUUACGGCAAAUGGUUAUGGUCAUAAGAAUCUCAAUCCAUACUAGUGCACUGAUAAAAACGUAACAUAGCACCCUGAUACCAUUGGAUACCAUUGGAACAGAAAACAUCAUUCAACGCAAUGAAAAUUCCUGAUUUGGGUCCACGAAAUGGCAGUCAUCCUCGAACAUUCAUUACGUUACUGUUUGGCACUGUACUGGGCUUUAUGUUUGCCACCUUUAUAUCAUCUACAACUUUACGCCAACCAUGGAUGCCCGAGAGUUAUCGUCAGCGCGAGCCACCGUCGAUCGUAAGUGACCCGCACACCGGGAACGAAUUGCGUGGAGCCUCCGGCCCUGAGCAGGAUGUUGGACAGCAUGCAGCCCACGAAGAAGCGCACGCGCACGAAAAUGCAUCCAUUGCGCAACAGUUGCAUCGGGAAGUGCGCGUCCUGUGUUGGGUGAUGACCAAUCCGAGCAAUCACAAAUCGAAAGCGUUACACGUGAAACGCACGUGGGCUGGUCGGUGUAACAAAGUACUUUUCAUGAGUUCCGUAGAAGAUCCCCUCAUAGACUCCGUCGCGUUGCCUGUGAGCGAAGGUCGCAAUAAUCUGUGGGCGAAAACGAAAGAAGCUUUCAAGUAUAUUUAUCAGAACCAUCUGGACGACGCUGAUUGGUUCAUGAAGGCAGACGAUGACACGUACGUGGUCGUGGAAAAUUUGCGUUACAUGCUUUACUCGUACUCGCCGUCUCACCCGAUCUAUUUUGGGUGCCGCUUUAAACCGUUCGUAAAGCAAGGUUACAUGUCCGGUGGAGCGGGAUAUGUGCUAAGCAAGGAGGCGGUGAAACGCUUUGUCGAAGAUGCCAUUCCCAGCCCCUUGUGUCGGCAAGAUAGUGACGGUGCGGAGGACGUGGAGUUGGGAAAAUGCAUGGAAGCAGUGAAAGUGUUGGCCGGUGAUUCAAGGGAUACGGUCGGACGGGGAAGAUUUUUCCCAUUUGUACCUGAGCACCAUCUUAUCCCAAAUCACGUGGACAAAGACUUUUGGUAUUUAAAAUACACAUACUACAAGCCGGAUGAGGGUCUCGAAUGCUGUUCGGAUAAUGCAAUCUCUUUCCACUACGUGUCCCCGAAUCAAAUGUACGUGCUAGACUAUUUGAUCUAUCAUCUGCGACCGUACGGCAUCGUUGCACACUCGCAGCCUUUACCAAAGAAGCUCAGUUUAGGUGAUAUUGUAAGAGUGGACGAUCUGGGGAAAACCACCCCCAAACCGUCAGCCCAGCAACAUCGACGGUACAAAGUCAGCAGUAACCGUGGCAAAGCCGGAAAUGAAAUGCAGGAGGAAGUUACAUUUAGUGAUAUGAAAGCUAAAGAACCAAAUACCUAGUAAGAUUUAGGUGUAGUGCGUAAUACCAAAUUCUAUCACAGCGUGGGUCGAGAGCAAAGUAGAGCGAACUUGCGCCUCGAGUGUACAAUGGAAUGUUUGGAGAUAGUUUGCUGUUAGCAAAUGAAUGAACGUGGUGUGUGAAUGGUUUUGCAGGGUGCUUGCUAUGAAUGAGUGAGUAGAUGGGGGAUGCAAUUUCGCUUGAAAAGAAUGUCAUUUAGUGUUAAGAAUGUUCUCAUGUAAAACAAAUAAUUACUCUAACGUAAAAAGAAAAACAAAAUCCUAUACAUAACAGGAAAGUACGAACCACAAACAGAAGGGCUGAAUUUCUUUCAUUAAUGAUAUAUACUUUUAUUGCAGCAAAAAAAGGUAAAUCUGCUCCUUAUACCAAACAUUAUCAGACUGCUGCGGUUUAGAUAAGCUAUACUAUUAUAGGAAAUGCUUGCGAGUGUUCAAAAUGCUAGUUUAUAUCUUCAAGACUAUGUGUUGUUUUAUUCCUCUAGCCCUUUAAUUUUAUUUUUUUAAUUAGGGAUUUGUUUACCUUUCAAUACCUUUAAACUAUUGGCAGAAUCGUUUGCAUCGCGGAAUGCUCUUUUAAUCGCUUUGUUUCUAUAGCGUUCAACGUUUCUUAUACCAAUCCCUUGAAUAUGAUUUUUGAUAAUUCAUUCGGAUAUAUCGUAAUCUGAAUAUUUGAAUUAUAUGAUUGUUUCUUUUUUAUCGUUUACUUUCUACAAAAUUUGGACUGUUAGACAUCGCAGCAAAUACCGGUGUUUCGAAAUACGAAUGAUUGAAUCCUAAUAUGGUAUGUGUUCACUACGAACUUGGUGUUUUUUUUUUUUAUUGAAGUGCUUUUUAACUAGACGUUUGGUAACCGGAAUGUAUCUUUGUUAUAAAUCAUUUAAACGUCAAAUGUUAACCAUCAGGAAACGAACAAAAGGGUAUAUUAAUGCGAAAAGAGAAAGCAUAUGAAGGAGAUGCCACUUUACGCAAAUGCAGAUGUAAAAAUUUUAUUUUGAAAUGGUCAAAAUUGGCAUAAUCGAUAGCAGUUAUCAAUUAAAAUAUAUUUAAUACUUACAAUUCCACAACAGAUGGCAAUGAAAACAGUACAUGCACAGUGUUUUCUCUCUUUUUUAUGCGCCUGUCAGUUGAUACACCUUAGCGGACAUAUACUGUAUUAGUUUUAUAUUGUGCUGUCAUUAUCGAAACUAAUUUCGUUUACUGUGAGAUAGCUUUGAGACAUUCAUAUAAAAAACCCAGAAAAGUCGUUUAUUCUUAAAUGGCUUUAAUGCGUUCUUAGGUCUUCAUGGCCCCAUCAUUAUGUCUUGUUUGUACGACAACAACAACAAGGCAUACGACAUCUCGAGAAGGCUCAUGGCAUCUCUUAUACUCGAAAAGAUUACCCAGCUUUAUAUGAUUAAAUGAAGAACAGUAAGAAACGUUUCUGUAAAAUUUAAAUUUUCCCAAUUCUGUGUGUUGAAAAGAGAAUGUUUUUAUUGAUAUGUAUAUCAAAUUCAAAUUCUUUAUUACAAGGUUUAACUAAGAUGGACUGACAGUUGAAUCAGAAUGAUAUGAAGUAAUGUUUUGAGCUUUUGAGUUGACUGUUUAAAAAAAAACAUUUAACUGGUUUCGAUAAGUGUGCUGUUAUAGAGCGCAUGAAUUUCCGUUCCCUUAAACACCUAUGUGUAAGCUUUAUUUUAAAAAAUCCCACGCUAUGUUGUGGAAAAAUGUGUUCUUUGUAUUUUCCUUCGUUUGUUGCAUCAAACACGCAAAAAAACAAGAAUAUUAACAAGUUGCCAUCACAUUCAGGAAUAUUAGUAGUUGAUUUAAGUUGCAGUAGCCCUUAAGCUAUAUAAAUUGAGACGUGAAUAGCAAUUGUAAUAUCAACAGUUUAAAGUUAUUGUAAGAAUCGCAGAAACGGCCAGGAUGAGGUUUUGUCGCAGGGCUAAUACAUCCAAGAAAACUAUAAAAUACUCUAUAAGAUCGAACAAAGUCGAGCUGUAAGCAUUUACACAUAGCAAAGCAUAUGAAAAAUAAAUCUUUACUAAAGUAAAAAA